GCGGCGCGGACAUGCUCGCGCCCCUCGCGCCGUGCUGUCGGGCCUGCUCGGCCCACGUCAGGGCCUCGUGGAGGGGGCUGGCGACCCCUAGCGGACCCGCCGCGCCUCGCCUCGCCGCCGACCCCGAGCCGGACCCUGACCCUGCCCCCGACCCGCAGCCCGCCGACCCGGCUGGACUCGACCUUGACCUAGGCCGCGGCGGCGCCGAGCGCGGGGAGGGGGUGGAGCAAGAGCACGCCGGGGAGCAGCGUCUCGCGCACGGCCACCGCGUCGACGCAGCAGCGGACAGCCCCGAGCACCACCUGGUGGCCGCCAGGAUACGCUUCGAGCAGCUGUACGCCGGCGUGCUGAACCUCGCCGCCGUGCGCGCCGCCUCAGCGUCCCCGACGCCGUCGCCGCUCCCCGCCCCCGCGGCACUCCGUCGCCCCCGGCAGCUCCCCGCCGACGACAGCACUUGGCAGCAGCUGGCGGCUCCCGCGCGCCCGCGCACCUGGGAGACGCUUCAGGCGCAGAUGGAGCGGCAGCAGCUGCGGCUGGAGCAGCUGGAGGAGGAGACGGCGGGGCGCGAGCGGCGGCGCGAGCUGUACCGGCAGGCAGAGGACGCGGCGCGCAGACACCACCGACCCAAGGACGCCGCCGCCGUCGCUUUGACGUCGCCGCCGACCGCCGAGAAGGCGACGUCGUGGUGGUCCUGGCGUCGCGCUGCCGCCGCCGCCGCCCCGGGCGACGCGUCCGCCAGCCCCGCCUCGCCGGGAAGCGCCAGCUCCAAGGCCCAGCACGGCGGCAAGGACAGCCCCCCCGGGGGGCUCCGCUCGCACGUCGGCUCGGCCGCCAUGUUCGUGGUGGCGUUCGCCGCCGGGGUGCUCGCCGACAACACCCUGAGCGCCCUGCUGCCCGAGUAGUGGAGCCCUGAAUACUACUCGCUACCCGCUCGCUCCUGGGGCGCCUACUUUUUCCCCCUGCGGGAGGCGAAGUGGUCCCGGAAGCGCGGCUCUUUGGUCGCCCCCGCCGAGGCGAAGGGCCCGGGACCCACAAAUCAAUCACGGAUGCCCUAUCUUGAUCGGCGCAGCUGCAGCUGU